AUGCUACCUCCACACUGUCACUACACAGCCAACUUUGAGGCGAACAAACGUGGAAAUCGAGGUGAUGGAACACUUGCCUCGAAAGACGUAGAACGGGCAUCCUCAGCAUCUCUCACACAGGGCUCAGACCAGGCUCACCUGCUUAACGACGCCAAUCAUAUCGAAACCCCAAACACGUUUAUUAUGGGAGCACCUACUUCUGCCAAUAAUUUCCCCACUUCUUCCAUCUUUUGCACUGCUCUUGCUCUCCUUGUUCUGACUCUCAAUCUACUCGCGUGGUGA